GUUCCAUCCAUCCAUGCAUCAUGCAUGUAUUGUGUCAUUUUAAGCCACUAAUUAGUAAAGGACGCUUUUGUCCUUGUAAUUAGCUGAAGGCCUGAAGCGUAUUGAUAGGAUUCUAACCCUAAUUAAGCUGCAAUUAUUGACCCUUGUUCUAGAACCAUGUGUAAGGUUUCCACUUCCUAAGUUCUUUCGUUUUCCUGGAAGUGUAAUGUGUAGGUUACUAGCUUUCCACUUCCUAUGUUCUUUCGUUUUCCUAAAUGUGUAAUCGGGUCAAAGUUUGCAUCAUGUCUUCAUCCUAAGGUGAGUUUUAGUAGGGAUAAUAAUGGAGAAAAAUUCAUGAGAGACUUUAGUAAAGUAGCGAGACUUUAACAUGAUUGGGGUACUUAGAAAAUUAAUAAUGUUAAAAUCAAUAUAUUUAAUGUUAUUUGAGUUGAUUGGGAUGCUUAGGUACAACUAACAAUGACGAUAUCGAGUAUGGGGUGCUGAAUUAGAAUUAUCAUACGAAAAAUUUACGCAUCUAAUAAUGGAUUUUAUGCCCCACUUUUUGCCAAAUGUUAUACUCGGAGCCCUAUCCUCAAGUAAUGGCGUAGCUAGAAUUUCACUCAAGAUUGAUCAAGGCAAAAAUAGAAAUGUAUAACCUAAUUCUAUUAAUUUUUAAAUGACCCAAGAAUGAAACAUUAGAGAUGCAGUUAUAUGUAAAAUUUAGAGUUUUUUACGUAAUAUGCAAGAUUAAUGCGAGCUACAAAGUUCUCUACAAUAUGUUGGUAGACAACUAAAAGUAAUAAACACGAGGGGUUUGAUUUGCGUAUUACAAGUUUUAUACAAAAAUUGUUAUUUAAUUUUUUAUAUUUUAAUCCAGAGCCAAAAGGUGGGUCCCUCUGCCAAGCUAGCUCAACCAUUGUCCUCAAGCCUUCCCUAUUGUCACUCGAAGAAAUACGUGUUGAUUAUCACCAUUUUUUUUCUUGAAACGAUAAAUUAAAGGAUAGUGAUACUAAAUUGACUUUUUAGUUCUCAUUUUUCAAUCCAACAUAAAUGUUAAUGUUCUAUUCAACAUUUUUGGAAGACAAAUUUUUUUUUAUAAUAUAAAUGUACUUGUAUGUUAUGUCUGGCAAUUGAAUCAAACAAUGACAUAAAUAUCUUGAUGAAGUGCGAACAAAAUUUUGAAAUGUGUUAUCAAAGCCUAUACUUUUCUCAAUCAGUUAAAAUUCAGGUGUGAAGUUUGCAUCAAAAUUUUCACACUCUUGUCGGACAAUUUGGACUUUGUUACAUGGUACUUGAAUUUUGGAGUGGGUUUAUAGCCACAAAUGUGUUAUUCCAACUUGUAGACUCGUACAGAGUCCCAGUCCUAAGUGGCGACUUUGAGAUGCCAAUUUGGACCGUAGUAGGUGAUGUUUCAGACUCAGAGUAUCAAAUCAGGUGCCAGUGACACAAUAAGCUACAGGAUCUGGCACAUGCUUAAGCCAUUUUGCUAGCCACUGGAUUUGAAAAAUAAAGAUCUUGCAUGUGAGGCAAUUUGGUCAUAUGAAGAAAUUCACACACAAAAAAAAUGCGAGGGGGAAUUGGACAGUGCGGGUUUCAACUCUUCAUUUAUUGGUCCAAAUCUCAAAGUCAUAAACUCAUUAAUCAAAUGAGGCCCAAAUUGUCCCAUUAAUAGCAUGGCCCAACCCGAUCAAAGUGGGUAAAACCCAUCGUUGAUGGGUUUCAAGACGGGUUCAGAUAAACCCGCUAUUGAAUUCUACGGGUUGGGUUCGCGUUUAGGCCAUACCCGGCCCACUACACAGUACACACCCGCACCCGGAGCUUCCACUAGCGUCGUUUUGGAAUUCCAAUUUUCCAAACCCACACCCUAACUUGCUUCGGCCUUCGCGCGUGCUCUUCCUUACUGCGACCCUCUCUGUUUUUGUUCUCUAAAUCGCCAGUCGCCCUCUUCCUCACCUUCGACUGCGAGACCGCCGGCGGCGGCAGUCUACCAGUUCCUCUGCCAUCUGCCCGACGGAUGAUGAGCCAUAUAUCCGACGAAAGCAGGCACCUGUGGCCUGUACUUCUCUAAUCGAGAGACACCGUGUAGUCACUCGAAGUCUCUCUUCCCUUUCGUUCUUCAUAUCCCCCCGUCUGCUUGUGGAACUGGAUGCAUUUGCAGUAGCUGCUCUCUGAUUUCUUGAUUGACAAUGUGGAGAUCACCGGCGAUAUCUUGUAUUGUUAGAAGGUUCACCCGAGUGCGAUUGGGAGUACAAACUCUUAGUUCUAGCUAUGGUUCCGUGCUGCAGUCUCAAUUCUCAGAUAGAGAAGAUGCAAAGGAUUGGUGUUCUUCAGAGGCACGAUUCAGUCAUCAAGCUGCAUUCCAAAAUUUCGACCAAAAUGCUGGAAGUUUGCAGAAGGAUAAAGUAGGGAAGAAUAUUUCUCGAAAGGAGAAGACAACCUUUCUUAUUACCACACUCAUGGAUCUCAAGGAUAACAAAGAAGGCAUUUAUGGUGCUCUGGAUGCUUGGGUCGCAUGGGAGCGUGAAUUUCCCAUUGGUCCUCUUAAGCAUGCUUUGCUAGCUCUCGAGAAGGAACAUCAGUGGCAUCGGAUUGUUCAGGUGAUUAAAUGGAUGUUGAGCAAAGGUCAGGGAAACACAAUGGGUACACAUGGGCAAUUGAUACGUGCAUUGGAUAAAGACCACCGAGCAGAGGAAGCACAUACAGUUUGGGUGAAGAAAGUUGGUACCGAUCUUCAUUCUGUGCCAUGGAAGUUAUGUAGCAUGAUGAUAUCGGUAUACUACAGAAACAACAUGCUAGAUAGGCUUGUUAAGCUUUUCAAGGGCAUGGAAGCAUUUGAUAGGAAACUCUAUGACAAGGUAAUAGUCCAGAGAGUAGCCAAUGCACAUGAGAUGCUAGGGAUGCCAGAAGAAAAAGAACGAGUACUCCAAAAGUACGCUGAUGUUUUCGCUGAGAAGAAGCAACGAUUUGGGAAGAGAUCUAUACAGUCCACUACAAAGGAGAAGCAGGAUAAGAUGCAAUGAUCAUUAGUCACAUGAUUAAGUCAAUUUCAGUCAUAGAUUGUAAUUUUUGUAUGAUGUUCAGGGAAUCCGAUCCUCAGUUGGUUAUGAACAAAGGUAGGGAUGUUUUGCAUCCAUUUAUAAAAAAAAAAUGAAAUUUACAUUACAUGUCACUAAUUUUGUCUACGUCAUCAUUUUUGUAAAACAUGUCAGCACAUUCAAUGUUACCUAACGGAUAGCUACAAUUGUCUAGCAAAUUAAAACGUUUGGCUAUUUUAGACAUUUUUAAUGAUUUUGGCUAUUUCAAUUCAAAAGUUAAAUGGUUUGACUAUUUUUAUGUAUUAACCUUUGUUUAUGGUUUUUUUUUUUAAAUCAAUCAGUUUGCUUUAAUAGUUAUUUGACCUAGAAUGUUCUGAUCAUAUAAUGUAUAAAUGAGGCUCAUUGAGCAGGAUGCACGAUUGUUUCCAUAAUGAGGUAUUUAUAUUUAACUUAUUGUAGUUCGAAAUUUAAAUGCAAUGUCAGACAUCACUAGUUAGAGAUGUCCCAUCCGAACGGAGAUGCCUUUGGCGCUAAUUAAUGUUGCGACUAGCGGAUAUCGAGAAAAAUGUCUUAUGUGACAUUCGUGUCUCGAUAAUGAUAAAUAAAUGAUAGUCUAUGUUGUCAGAUUUCUCUGUCGACAUCUUGUCUGGUGAUAGCUGCCUCUAGAAUUGUGUUGACAAGUGGAGUCCUUGUGUCUAACAAAGUUUAACUUACUCAUUUUACUUAACGUUAUAUAUGUGUAUAUUCGAAUUGGAAAAAAAACCAUAUUUCAUCCAUGUGUUAUGUGUAUUUGUCAUUUUCAUAACUUGUAUUUAGAAUGAUCAGAAUACAUAUUAUAAAACAUAUUCGUACCAAAGAAAGACGUAUUCUGAUUGAACAAAAAAAACAUAAUUCAUACGUGUGAUAUGUGUUUGUGUAUUUGUCAUUUCCACAACUUGUAUUCUCCACGUUUCCAGACAAAAAAAAAAACAUAAUGGUGGGCAAUCUCGAUGCAGGUAUCCCUAAGUGGUCUUCAUGCCUUGGUAACUGGAGACAGACCCGUUGCCCUUCGAGCUUGACAUUGGGCUUUCAUCACGACUUAGGAUAGGGUGAGUAAUCUUUGGUUACUAACCUAUGAGUAACUAAAUCUGACCUUUAGAUCCAAGUGGGUCCAGAAAAUCCAGAUCUAAGGGUUGUCAAUUAAAAACAUUUUAUUUUCCCUAGUUUUCAUAAUCGGCUCUUAUCAUUUUCUUCUUAACUCGGAUUUCAAUUUCUUUUGCACACAUGGAACGAGUUCGUUGUGCUCUACAAAAUGAGAUCAAUUUUCAAUAUAUUUCGAGAAACUUUUUUUUUACCAACUACAUACCAUAUGGUUUUUUUUUUUUUUGACGAAAACCUGAUUUCAUUACGAAAUAGGGAAGUGAUACAGAGUUUAGACCAUAGUCAAAGAAAGAUAGAAGCCUGACCCAAACGACAAUGCAAAGCCCAACCAAAUACAGAAGCCCACCGAAAAACUAAAACCAGAAAACACACACAACAACCACAUUCCAACAAACACAAGAACCCAACAGAAACCCAACAACCUUUCCACUCCAAUGAAGCCCACAAAUACAACCCUAGCCCAAAGCAAUCCCAAACCACCAGCCACCUACUUGCUGCCCCAAGUAGCCGCCAACAACCAACCCUGCCUCAAUCUCCCACCACCGCGCCGCCACCAAACGGAAGGAAAAACAAUCCACCACCAACAAAGUCAAUGGGAUCAAAGAGGGGAAAAGAUCCACUCUCUCAACCCCGCCGACACACACCGCCACCGUCGCCCCCAAACCACGCACGUCAACCACACCACCUCAGCCACCGCAAACCACAACCACCACCCGCAAAAGGAGAAGAACAAAGAAAAAAACAACACCCCCAUCACCUGUGACUCACGAACACCACCAAUCCAAGGCCAAACAACAUACAUGAGCAGAGCAGCAAGAGAUCGAAAAGGAGGCAGCAUCCCUACACCCCCACAUGACAGUAGAACCAAGAGGCAUCAAACCAAACCACGGAAUCACUACGCCAUUCUGAGUGAAGCAAGGUGGACAGCUCUAAAAGUCACGAAAGAAGAUGUAAAUUGCAAAGCAAUUCCCUCUGCACACAGAGAACGACCACAAGAUCUGAGACUCAGAUCUGAGGUGUGGAAGAAAACCAUCUCAAGAGAUAGGUUUUUGGCAAAAUCCACUUAGGGGUAGCAGUCUAGAAAUUCAUAAAUCCACAAAGGGAUUGGCAAAGCAUGAAAGAAAAGAAGAUGAAGCAAAGGAAAAACAGAAAUGAAACUGGAUUGGGUGGCCGCCGAUCACCUAAAGGUGAAUCGACGGCCCCCGAUUGGAGAUUGGAAAGGGAAAAGUUUAGAGAGAAGUGGGAGAAAUUGAAAGUUGAGAGAGAGAACCGACAUACCAUAUGGUUACUUCUUCGUUUUUAAGUCGUUUUUGAAAACGUUUGCUGAGAAGGAACGAGUUCAUCAUGAUCUCUUGGAUCUACAAAUUUCUGGGUGAAAAAAAUACUAGACCAAAAAUUACCAUACUUUACCACUAUGGUAUGUGGGUGGUAACUUAUAUCGUGUUUGUUUAACCCCAAAAUAUCUUAUUAAAUCUCAUUAAGUAAA